ACAUCUGCUUAACAGUUGAAUUUACUUGUCAAAUUUUCUUCUGAACUGCUCCAUGAAAAGAAGGCUGCUGUGUUCAUGAAAUAACAGUGUCGUGGACAGUUUGAAAACAAUUGGAGCAAUGUGUCAGUGCAAAGGAUAUCAAACAGAAGUUGAGAAAACAAUCUGAAACAUUUCAGAGUGGAACCUGAUAAACAUGGACACUGAAAGGAAUUUACAGUCCAGUCAUAAAAGAGCCAGCAACUGGUAAUAAUGACAGCAAACAUAUCGAUAAAACUUUGACAUUUCCAGAGUGACUAAAACAAACUUCUCAAGAGCCAAGAGGACCCAAGCUGACUUCCUGACCGAAAGAAAAGUUAAAAUAAUUACCUAUGGUGGAUGGGAUCAUAAAUAAAUCACUCUGGACUGGCAAGAUAAAUGACCGUGAAUGGUGAACUUGGCAAUGGUUGUGGGGAUUGGAUAAAAUCUCAUGUGUCCAGUAAAACAGAAAAUAGUGACAGCGGCAUCAGUUGAAAGAUCAGACAGUGGGCCUAGGACAUUGGCCUAUGAACACAGGUGUAUGUACUGGGGUAAAUAACAAGUAAAUAAAAAGUAGUUAUGUGAAUAGAAUUCUUGGCUGUGUUUACCAUACUUAGGUGACUGUAUACCUUAGUUUUUAUUAUUUUGUUUUUAUUGUAUGUGGGUGUGUACAUUGAAGUGUUUUUAUUGCAGAUAGGCUUACAUGUAUGCCAUUAUGGGGUUUGGCUGUUAAACGUUUGUAGCUAGUGGGAUGAACACUGCCCUCUGUUGAUAUAUGCUUUAUAGCUGGCAGUCAAAAAGUCAUUUGUUAAAAUUACUCGAUCGUUCUUGUCUUGUUUUAUGAAAUGAUUUUUUAAAAUGGAGUCUUGUCCAGUUUGCAUUAGAUUAAUAUCAUUGAAUAUGGAAUCAAUUCAAAGGGGUUUAGGACCCAUAAUCACACACAUUAACCCUGACCUUCAGGUGUAUCUUCCAAAAUCCUUCAAAGUUGAACAUCCGAUUUAGUCAUAUUCCAACGUAACGAGAACUUAACAAUUCAGUGAUUAUAACAUAUUAUGACUGUGAUGUCCCAAGUUUGUUCAAAUGCAAAUACCAUGCAAAGAGUAGCCCUACAUUUAUGUUAUUGGUUUACUGCAGUGCUGGAUUGAGGUGGGUCAAUGAAGUUUGUUCACAUAAUUCAGUAAAUGUGUAUAGAGGAAUCCAGGUUUGAAGGUAUUAGGCCUUAUCUUUUUUGAUGAGAUCUGACCUGUUCAGGUUUUGCAUCAUUGGAAAUACCUGUUCACCCUAAAAAGGCCCAUUGCUGUUGAACUUUGUGUAGUUUGCAAAGCAUUGAAUAUCUCCUUAAGGAAUGCAUCCAACAUCAUGGGCACUCACAGUCCCUGCAUGUAAUAAUAUCAAAGCCAAGGCAUGAUUUGUUGCAGACAACCCUCUACUGGUGGCAGUGCACCAUGUGACUGUACUAUACUGAAGCCUUCAGAGUCAUUACAUCUGGGAAUUAACGGGCAGAAUUAGGUCAAAACCUCAGGGAGUUUAGGAAUUGCAACGCAAUCUUCCCAGAUAAUUAACAUAAAAUUGUAUGCUUAUUUAUUUGCUGUGUUGUUGAUUGUUUCCAUGUGAUUUUAGGUCAGCAUUCUGGCUCUACUCUGUGGUCUCAUGGGUCUGGGUGUGGAGUAGGCAGUCAAAGUGUCUCAUUGGAAACUUGGGAAGAAGAUUGUUAUACCCAUUUAUUUUGUCAGUCAUAUCAUACAUGUUCCAUGUAAACGAAGUUGAAAAGUGAGGAAACUGUUAACAGAAAAAGUCUUGGGCCUACGUGGUUGUAAAAAGGUAGAAAAUAAUUCUACUGAGCAUUGAAGUGAGCAGUGAUUUCCAAAACAGAAACCAAGACAAUUUUAACAAAGCAAAUCAUAGAGCAAAAACCUAAGUGUUUUUCCAUCAGACCAGAUAGGUUGAAUAUCCAUUUGAUCAACAUUAAAAUAACCACUUUGAAAACUGUGAUGGAAUAAUAUACAUGUAUGUGUGUUUUCAAUUUUUGUGUGGCCAGUACACAUAAUACUAUAGUCUCAGUUUCCAGUCUCAUCUUCAGUUUCUUCACCAUUAGUAACUAGUCUCCAUACUGGGCAUGCUUUUUUCGACUAUUAGUAACUAGUCUCCAUACUGGGCGUGCUUGUAGGAAAGAAAUAAUCUGAUAAUGUGCAUGCUGGCUCCAUGCCACAAAUUAGAUACAUAUGUUGCAGGCAUUAGAUUAUACUAAGCCCCUGGGGCAGUCUGAAGUGUCUGAGCUGAUUGGCUGGCUCAUAUAGGCAGUUUAGCCUUGUAGCCAAUGGGAGUCAAGCUACCAAAAUGACCACAGAUGAAGCUGACUGGGUUGUCUGCAUUUCCAAGUUGUACUAGGCCAGGCAUCACUGGGUUGUGUGGACUGUUAUGUACAGUAUAUGUACACAUCAUGGUCCAUUCACUUAGCCACUGACUUAUCAUUAUCAGUCAGUGUUUAUUUAGCUGAGGUAAGGGCCAAUAGAUGUGAGGUGUCAACUUCUUCAACUAUUGAACAAACCAUUUGACUGACAGAUGAGGACUUGAUAGCUGUGUCCUUCUUUAGGCAGUAAGGAGUAGGGCCUCCAUGGUCACUAGUGCUUCUUGCAGAUAUGUCACUGGUUGAAGGUGCCAAGUUUGUUCCACAUUUUAUUAAAAUUUGACCUUGGUAAGGACAGCAGGCAAGUUCCAGUUCCCAGGAUAUUUUUGUCAGGUGUGACAAGAGAGAGAGACCGGUUUUCAACAUUUUAAGUUCUUUGAACAUUUCUGGAACAGAUGUUCUGCUAUUUAUAAAUGAGAGAAAAUUUCUGCUCUGAACUCUGUGGGACAGCUCUGCAAGGUCUGGAGACAUAUUUGCAGAUAUUACAGUUUUAGUUCAAGCGCCAAGCAGUUGGUGAUUUUGUUGGAACUGACUUUUUCUCCGAGGGAGAACUUCUUUAAUGUGACUUUGCUGUUAGGAAAAGCCUAAUAAACUUUGUAAAGCAAGAAGAAUUUGACCUUGAGAUUGGGGGUGUAGCUGAACUGAUUUGACCUGUGUCAGUGUUGGUGUCUGCUAAGCAUCAUCAGCAGUUUCCCAGAUUGGCAGAGGCAGGCCAAGACAGACAGACCCCAAGGAACGGUAAUUCUUCAUAGCAACAUACCUCAAGAGUGUGUGGGUGAAUCUGAACAAAUCCAAUUUGCAGAACUACCCUACCAGCCAUUUGUCACCACAUUUAUCCAUGAUUGGUGAAUGAACUUAAGGUACAUGUAUCAUAUUGGCCUCCUCAAUGAGUAUAUCUAUUGACAGACACUGAAGCGUCUUCAAGAUGGAAGUUCCCAUCUGCUUACUACUUGACUUACUUCUCUGCAGUUUAGCUGUGCUUCUAUGUCAAAGUUUAGCAGAUUCAUCCCCAUCAUUCCUGCGAGAGCCAAGAUCCAGGAUUGUCAAGCAUGACAUCCGUGUCAAGCUGCGCUGUAAAGUAGACCCCAAAGAUGCUCCAAUCUGGUGGUCACUCGAUGGUCAAGACAUUACAGACCCAGCUAGUCUGGGCAUGGAGGUCACACGCAACUACCUCAAAAUCAAUUCAUUUCAGGGUGAAGGGGAGAGGUCGCACAACGGCGACUACCAGUGCAAAGCGGGGAACCAGUCAGGAAUGAUUGUCAGCAGGGUAGCGCAUAUACAAGCAGCGUAUUUAAGACGGUUUCCAUCACAUCUACCAAUGACAACUUAUGCUAAGAAGGGAAGCAUAGCAGUUAUAGCCUGCCCGGCACCAGAUAGUGUACCAUCAGCAGUUAUGUCCUAUGAGUUCAAAGGUCAACCAAUUUCAGGUUCUUCAGAUCAUUAUAGGAUAAUGCCAUCAGGACAUCUGCACAUAAUUAAUGUGUCAGAAUCAGAUGAAGGUCAUUACACCUGCUUAGCAACAAACCCUGCUCUAUCUAAGACACACACUUCAGGAAAUGGGACAACACUAGUUCUACAAGAUAUGUCAGAAACGCAAAUCCCACCUACCAUUCAAGCUUCAAGGGGCAUGUCAGCCAUCAUUAAUGAGAAGGCAGUUCUAGAGUGUGUUCCUAAUGGCGUUCCAUUCCCUGAAGUCCGAUGGGAGAAGGUUGAUGGGACAAUAUCGUCCAAUGCCAUCCAGCACACUGGCAGUCUAGAGAUCAGUCCUGUUUCCAGGAGUGAUGCAGGAGCAUACAGAUGUACAGCAUUUAAUGGGCAAAAGCAAUCUCAAGGGUCAGAGGUUAUACUGGAGGUCAUAGAACCUGUUUCGAUUUCUAAAGCACCCAAGAACACCCAUGUUGACUUGGGGGGCACUGGUCACUUCAAGUGUACUGUCCGAGGAGCCAAGCAGAAUCAGAUCGUUUGGUUAUUUAAUGGAGAAAGAAUUCCAGAGAUGAGCUUGAGACAUGAAAUACUUGAUGGUCAGCUUAUUAUCAAUGGUGUGAUGCGCUCAGAUCUCGGACCAUAUCAAUGUUUCGUACACACUCAACAUGGCAGUGCCCAAGCUACAGCCAAACUCAUGCUCAGAGAGGGCUUUCCUGAUAUUGUUGAUCCACCUGUGAACACGACAGCCAUCGAAGGAGAAAAUGUUUUCCUGUCCUGUGGUAUUACAGGAGAUCCCAUGCCAUUUGUUAACUGGUAUGACCCAGUCGGAACCGUUGUACGGAAUACUAGGAGCACUUUCAUCUCUGAAGAAUCUGGUGGAUUAACAAUUUACCGUGUUGGCCCAGAUGAUGUGGGAUGGUAUCGAUGUACUGCAUCUAACAAACAUGGACAGGUGGCUGCAGAAGCUUAUCUAGCUGUGAUUGAGAAAAUUAGCACCACACCUGUCCCAGAGAGCAGCUCAAGACAUGUCCUUAAUCCACCUGUUAAUGAUGACAUCACAAUCACAACACAAACAACAGAUGAACCUAAUAAACCUGGAACAGUGCCAGAAGCUCCUACAAAACCAAUCAUCAUCAAGACAUCAGACACAUCGGUGCAGACAAGAUGGGAUUACUUGAGCAGGAUACCAGUGACUAGUUUCACCAUUCAGUACAGGGAUGUCACAUCCAUAGAUGGAUGGGUUACCGCUUCCAAUGUCAUCCCUCGUAAUAGGAGAGUGUAUGAGGUACAGGGAUUGAAAGAAGGCGCAACGUACCGCUUCCGUGUCAUUGCAUCUAACUCACAUGGUGACAGUGAACCUAGUGAGAUGUCAAAUCGUUUUCUGAUGCAUGUACCAGGCAGCAUGGAUCCACCUGUUAGUUCACCUCCAGAUCCACCAAGAAUUAUUAACUGUAUUGCUAUGAGCUCUACAUCAAUCUUGGUUGAAUGGGAGUUUGAACCAGAAUUCCCUGAUAUCCCGGUGACUGGCUUCUAUGUCCACUAUCGCAACACGGACAGCGAUGAUGAUAAUGAUUACACACGUACACCAGUGGUUGGCAGAGACGUCCGACGCUAUCAGAUCCGAAAUCUAGAGGCAGAGUUGACCUAUGACAUUAAGAUGCAGACAUUCAAUGAUGGUGGUGCAAGUCAAUUCAGUAAUGUUGUCAUCCGUGGAACCAUGGCUCAAGAAACACCCCCUCCACCUAUCAUCAUCCCUGAUCCCUUCCCUUCCAACCAACCUUCUGGAGGAAGAAAUCCUAACAUCCCUUCCUUACCAGAUGACAAUGAGCCUGAUACAUCCUCUGGUCAAGGUCAAGACAUCUUAUACAUCACAUUAGGUGUAGUGGUUGGUGCUAUGUUACUGGUGCUCAUCAUGUUUGCUGUCAUGUGUAUCUGGAGAACCAAACAAGUCAACAAUGACAGAGUUACUCGUGAUUUUCAUCAUGGAUAUUAUUGUGAUGGUGCUUACCGACAUGCUAAUGGGAAUGCUUAUAAGUUUGGGCAUUACAUGAAUGGCAACACACCCCAGGGUCAUGGAAUAGGAAACCCACCAUUUGGAGAAACAGUCACGCCCGGUGACCCACGUCCUCUUUACACAAUGCCUCAGGACACCCUGGAUGAAGUGAACUACUUUCCUGGUCUUUCACCUCCGACCUCUCCUGUUGCUAAUGGUCAUAUCCCAGUAACCAAUCCAACCCUUCAACCAUGUCACCUGACCAACCCUAACGAGAACUCCAAUCACAGCAGUGGUGCAUCCAAUGAGCAUCUCUAUGUCAAUGGAAGUUGCCGAAGCUUACGUGGGGUUGGUGGGACUUCAGAUAGAGAAGGUCAGCAGGUGUCAUUGACCUUUGGUGUGCCAGGGUCAUAUGGUACAGGUGAACGGCCAGUGUGUCCAAGCAGGCAUCCAAAAGGAGAAUACAGCAGGGGAAGGAAACGAGACGGUGUAUCCAGUCGAGAAGCCACAGAUAGUGAGCUUGGUUCUGAUGUUCCGUCUUCCUUCAAGAACUCUUUCCCCUCAGCUGCCACGCAAUCAGCCACUGCACCUGACCUUGAGAAAGGUCAGCAAGGUCAGUCUGCCGAGGGCAGUGAGACAUUAGUUGGUCAAGGGUCACAUGACUCCCUCAACCAACUGCAAGGUAUUAGUUCAUGUAGAAAUGUUACACAUUCAGACAUAUAGUAUUUUGUCCAACAGGGUGCUGUCAGUGAGUUUUGUGUACUUUUUUUGUAACUGUCCACCCCUUCAAGACCAAAAUAGAUGCUUCCUAUUAACUGUCAAACAGUGGACUCGGCAUUGCUGUAGAGGGGGAAGUUCUUUUAAAAUUGAUUGUCAGGGUUUGUUUUUGUAAAUAUUUCUUGUAAAAAGAAUGUUACUGAGGGUGAUACUUGAAUCAAGGGUGAUCUUGAUUUUUUUUUUAUUUGUGAAAAUGAAAAUUGUAUUCGUAAAUUAUGUAUUGCAUUGCCCAAUCAGAGUGUCUCUUGUAAAAACUUAUCUUGUUUCAUCCCACCAAUCACAAAUGAGCUUCAUUUUUUCAACCAACAAGAUUCAGUAGGAUUUGAGAUGGAAUCAUCUUGCCAUGUAAUGCAGUCAAAGCCCAUCUGAAUAUGUAGCAGCUGUUAUGAAUAUGCAAAAGAACUUCUUCCUUUUAUCCAUUACUUCCAAACAGAGCCAAAAUGAAUGAAACUGCAGCUUGUUUAAUAUGCAAAUCAAAGUAUUCUUUUUUCCAUCCCUUGACCUUGAGAGAGCUUUUUUGUGCCUUAGUGUUUAUUUUCAGACAUAUAGCACCCUGAUUUGAAGCACAGAUUGUAUUUUUGUAAAUCAUGCACAAAGUAUUGUUUGCUCAUAGUUUGCUUGUGAAAAUAUUCCUUUUGUGAAUCCAAGAAUGGAUUGAAAUUAUUAGUGUAUUCUUAAUUUCCUUCUUUUAUUCUAAACCAAAACACUGCCAUUGUCGUUGAAUCACUGCCGCUGAUUGUGUUGAUGUAAACCUUAUUGUUACUUGCAGAAAGCAUCCUUUGCAAAAGUGUAAUGUGCAGUAGAAUGAGUAAAAUUAGUCAACAAAAAUUGUUACUGAGCACGGUACACUUAGAUGAGGCAUGCACUGUGAUUUUAUACUUCAUUGAAUCCAUUCAAAAGACAUCAAAAUAUCAUCAUGUGACCUCACAGUUUUCCUCAGGUUGACCACCAUUUAUACAAGCCUUUGGUUGGCAAUCAUUUGUUGUAAACUACAUAGUGAGGCUUAUUCAGGUAAAAUACUGUGACAUUUUUCUUAGCAUAAGGUCACCUCUUAGUUGGUACACAGUUGUUAGUCCCACUAGCCUUGCACUGAAUUCUGCCUGUGUUUUCCUCAUGUUUUUUGUCAUUUAUCAUAGAGUACCGAAAGCAUGAAGUUAUUUGAAUCAGGUACAUUACUACAAAGCAAUGGAGUCUGUGGACAUGCUGGUUCAUUCAGUGGUUCUCUCCCUAAAGCCUUUUUAAUACACUCAUAAUUGUGUGUGAGACAAUCACUCCGGUACUCUAUAGCUUAGAAGGCUUGCAUGCAACCGAAACACUGAGAAACCACAACCUUUGCCUGUGAUAAUGGUGGAUAUGUUGUUGGGUCAUGUGCAUCAGUGAGAUUGCCGUAGAUACAUUGACACAGCAGGUUAUUCUGUUGAACUAAGGCUGAUCUUGGGUGAAUAUUGGAUGGGUAUUUAUUGAUAAUAUUGGAAAGCGGUUAAACAUGAGACUGAAAAUUUCAUUCUUUGGCAUCAGAAGUAAGCACAGCUUCAGAAUAAAGUCUUCAGCCAUGGGUGACAACGACUUUUUGGAAAACUUGUAGUAGGUAGCGUGAAAUUACCUGUCUGGAGAGAAAAUCAUGGAUUACUUGAUCUUUUUUUGUCUUUAAUGUUGUUUUUCAUUUUGCCAGACUUCAUAUGUUUUUUUUAAAAUUUGCUUUGUGGCAGUGCUGAUUUAGAGGCACAUUGUUGCAACACAGGGCAAUGUUGUGCUACAUGCACAUGUUCAAUAACAAAUGUGCUUGGAAACAGGUGACUGGAUUGCAUGCCCAUUCAAUUUUAGAAGCGUGGUGUAAAUGAUGCAGCAGUUUAACGUUUUCCAAAUGGAGUCACUGUUGACGCUGGAUUGGUUAUGAAAGUUCCACACCUUGUGUCUCUUUUUUUACGUAAAUGUAAAUAAAUCAGUGUCUAAAAAUCAUGGGUUUAAAAUUCAGACAUUGCAGAUGGAUUGGGAGACACUGAAAUCAGUGGAAGUUGUGGGAGAUUAAAGCAAGCACAUGCCGUAGAUGUAGCUGGCCAGUAUUAAACUCCAGAAUUGUGCUAGAUAAGACAUUUAUCGAUUUGGAAUCUAGUCAUUCUUAAAAUUAGGUCUUGAUUGACCUUGAGGGCACAUUGUAUGCUAAUUUAUGUCAUAGGUCAGUCCCAAAGUCCAUAUUAUAUUAUCCAUGAUAUUUUGUGUAUAUAUGCAGAGGCAAUACAUUGUACAGUGUGUAAUUAUUAUUAUUCUGUAUGCAUACAUUUUACCAGACGGCUUUUAUGUAAAAAAACAAAAACAAAACAAAAAUUCAAGACUGUGCCGUUGUUUUCUACUAUUUAUUUCUGGCCACUUUUAUGCAGUGGAUGUAUAAACAAAAGAAGCUUGGUGGAUGUUGUUGUGGAAAGAGUCAGUUGGUGAGAUUUCUUGAUUGGUGAUCCAUUUUUUCUGGUCCUUGUGUGUAGAUGCUGUUUGUGAUCUUGUCUUUGUAUGUGCACUUCUUGACAAAUUAGUUAAUUCUAUAAUUCUGAAAUACUUCUGUAAAUGUGAAUUUAAUACAAGAACAAGUGUUUUCAUGUUGGUUUAUUCAUUUGAGGAAUGUUCUCGCUAAUGUGCUCAGCCUCUAAUUAUGAUGCCAUAGAAAAAUAGAUUCAUUUAGAUAUGCAUUGUGUCAAAACCAUGAAUACCUGUCACCUCUUAUAUUUGGUCAAGUCUCACAUUUGACUGAAUACAGUACAUGUACUUUGUUCUCAAAAACUUUGUACAGAAGUGUUCCAUAUGUAGUUUGACUUUGCAAAUAAGCUAACAUGAAUUCACAGAUGUUGUCUUCCUGUCAGAAGGAAAGAUUCUCUCAUGCUGCUGCAGCUAGUAUGUAUUAUAAAUUGUAUGGCCAUAGUGAUGUGCAUGGUUAUAAUGUUUGGUAAAUGAUGUCAAAGUUAUGAAGUAAUUUGUGUUUUGGGCAUGCUUUUGCAUAUUGUGUAUGCACCUGACUCAUUUAGCCAAUGGGUGUAAACUUAAGGAACGUUUGGAUUCCAUAACAUCGGAAGUACCUUGAGAUUGUGCAUUCACUAUGGACUUCAAUGGUUAUUUCUCUAAGGUAUGGAAUCCAGGGUAUUAUAAAUGCCUGGCGGUAAACAUGGCUGUGAUGGUCUGUGUUUGGCAGGAAGACCUGGUAGUAAACAUGGCUGUGAUGGUCUGUGUUUGGCAGGAAGGCCUGGUAGUAAACAUGGCUAUGAUGGUCUGUGUUUGGCAGGAAGACCUGGUAGUAAACAUGGCUGUGAUGGUCUGUGUUUGGCAGGAAGGCCUGGUAGUAAACAUGGCUAUGAUGGUCUGUGUUUGGCAGGAAGACCUGGUAGUAAACAUGUCUGUGAUUGUCUGGAUUUGGCACAAAGACCUUAGUGAUAGAUAAUAGUCUGGAUUUGGUGCUACUGAAUGCAUUUGAAUGCUCAUCAAGAGUUACAUCAUUAUCAGUAGGCAAUAUUUCCAUUUGAGGGUGCUGUUUUCAAUAGCAUUUAGAGAACACAUACCUGGUACACAAAUUAAAGUCAGUGGUUCCUAAUUUUGUGAAAAAAAGUGUGGUUUGGUUUUAUUAUCAAAUAACCAGCAAUAUGAUAGUGUUGCAGCACUCUCAUUCAAAUAUUGCCUAGUGCAACUUUGUGCUAAGUGUAGUAAGCAUCCAGCAGUCAGUAUUCAAUAUAAUGUAGAUUCCUCCUUGGGCCUACUGGUGCUUAGCGUAGGUAAACGUGCUUAGCAGUUUGUAUUUGCACUUGUGUGGCCAUGGCCUGUUUCACAGAUUUGCCAAGCUGAAAACGUUGCUUACCAUAUUUAAGUGCGAAGUAAAAAUCCAAGGAGGACGAGUCACAGUUACAUAACAUAGUACAUACAUCUACAUGCUGACUGGUAGCAUGUUAUUCUGGUAAGCAGAUUUUUCUUAUACUUAGAACAAUUUUUUGUCCGGCAGAUCUGUUUAACAGGCUUUGAGUAGGCCAUUUUGCUUAAGCAAAUUUGUGAAUGCUUAAAUUUAAGGCUUAAUGGAGGCAAAGUAGGAAAAAAUAUACGUGUGUCAUCUUAAAGUAAUAGCGUCCAUUGAUGAGGAGUUACUCUGCUCAUUAGAAGUACAAAAAUUGAUGUGGCCCUCUUCACAGCAUCAGUAGUAGCCAAGUGGUUAAUGCAACAAGCCUUUUCAACACGAAAAGAAUUAAUCUAAGAACUAAUUCUUGCAAUUCCAGUCUUACUUCCUGAUUGAUUAGAAGAUACUUAAGUUUGGCUAAUCUUUGAUAAGAAUGGAAUACUCACCCAUUGUCAUUUUUUAACGUUUGGCCACACAAGUUUUGAGUUGUGAAUGUGCCUAGAAUUGGCACUGUUGUGGCUUCAGAGAUUUCCUUCUCAAAAGAAAUACAUCAAUAAUGUUGUUGAAGAUAGGGUAAUAGUGAUUAAUAAUAUAUUUCUCCUUUUAUAUUUCCCUCAAAUCUUCCAAAGUGUUGACUAAAACUUCUUUACCUUGAGUAUUACCUGCGUCAGUAUAGCUACUUAAAGUCUACUAUCUUAAACUCUUUUCCUGUUUUUUUAAUGUCGCACUGACAUGGCAAACCAUUGAAAUGAUAUUUGAAGAAUAAUGAAGUAUAGUAUUUGUAAAUGAGAAUAUUGCGGAGACUUAUUGAAUAUAAAAUAUGGUAUGCUCCAUUGAUGUUGAGAAAGGUA